AUGGCGCGUAACGCGGGCAUGAACAUCGCGGAUCCCGUCUCGAGCGCCAUCAAGGGCGUCGAGUUCGGUGUUCUGAGCGCCGAUGAGAUCAAGAGCUUGUCAGUCAAGCGCAUCACAGCCGCCGUUACUUUUGAUACAUUGGGUCACCCGGUCCCCAAUGGCCUGCACGACUUGGCGCUGGGAGCUGCAUUGGGCUCGCCCUGCGCGACCUGCAACCUGGACGAAUUCCGCUGCCCUGGACACAGCGGCCACAUCGACUUGCCUGUUCCCAUCUACCAUCCCACCUUCAUGGACCAAUUGCUCCGCCUCCUCCGCGCACAAUGCCAGUAUUGCCAUGGUCUCAAAAUGUCCAAAGUGACCACCCACCUCUACUCCUGCAAGCUGCGCUUGAUCCAUCACGGACUUUUGAAGGAGACGGCAGAGCUCGAAGUGGUCGAGGCUCCGAAGGUCAAGGGCUCGAAAGAGGAGGGUGAGGACGUCGAGUCCGAGGACAGCGAUGCUGAGGCCCAGGACAUCAUUCAGAAGCGCGAGGCCUACGUCAAGCGUGUUUUGAAAGAGGCCGGCAUCCGCAAGACGUCCGAUGGGUUGCAGAAUCGAACCGAAGCGGCUGCCGAGGAGCGAAAGUAUAUAAUCAAGGACUUCCUCUCCGACAUCAACAAGUCGAGAAAAUGCGCCAAUUGCGGCGGUAUCUCGCCUUCCUUCCGAAAGGACCGCUAUGUCAAGAUUUUCAAAAAAGGCCUCAACAAAAGAGACAAGAAUGCAAUGAUCCAGAAAGGCAUCAAGGUCACCGCGCCCAUCGUCGAAGAAGUCGCCAGAAAACGCGCACUGCAAGCCUCCAAGGACAAGGACGGAUCGGAUCGCAUGGACGUUGACGAAGGUGUCGCUGACAUGGGUGAGGAGGAUUCUGAGGGCGAGUCGCUUGACGCGGACGAAGAAAUUGCUGGAGGCUUGAUCGCCGAUGCGUCCAUGACCGCGACGAAGAAGAAACAAAAGAUUGAAGACGAGGGCGAGGGUCAGUCCUACGUCAGCUCUUCAGAAGUCCUGUACAGCCUUGAACGGUUGUUCGAAAAAGAGCAGGAUAUUUUGUCGCACGUUUACGGCCCGCGCUCUCGUAGAAAGGGCGGAAAGGUUCGCGCCGAGAUGUUCUUCAUCAAGGCUAUGGUUGUGCCACCGAACAAGUUCAGACCAGAGGCCAAGACGGGGGAUUCAAUCGCCGAAGCCUCUAUCAAUUCGCUCUACAAGGGGAUCCUGACCGCUUGCGACACGAUCAACCAGAUCGUGCAAGAGAUCAAGACGGGCUCCGGCCUGCAAGGCCGACCAGCCAGGACGUACGAUUCGCUUCAGGAUGCCAUCGUCGGACUCCAGGAUGCAGUCAACUCGCUGAUCGACCGUGACCGUAACCCCACGCAGGGCGCUGCUGGUAAAAGAAACGAGGAUGGUAUUAAGCAGAAGCUUGAAAAAAAGGAGGGAUUGUUCCGUAAACACAUGAUGGGCAAGCGUGUCAAUUUCGCAGCUCGUUCAGUCAUCAGUCCUGAUCCGAACUUGAACUCUAAUGAGAUUGGUGUCCCACCGGUCUUCGCAAAGAAGCUGCACUAUCCUGAACCGGUCACAAGCCACAACUUCGACGAGUUGAAAGAAGCUGUCCUGAACGGCCCCGACAAAUGGCCCGGUGCUGUUGCAGUGGAAGACGAGAACGGCAGUGUCACGCUUCUUGCUAAGAAGAACUACGAGGAGCGCGUCGCUAUUGCCAACCAGUUGCUUGCACCUUCUUCCGGAGCGACCUUCUCCGGGGCGAGGAACAAGAAGGUGUACCGGCAUCUCAACAAUGGCGACGUUGUCAUCAUGAACAGACAGCCGACUUUACAUAAGCCGUCCAUGAUGGUUCACAGAGCGCGCGUUCUGCCCGGGGAGCGCACCAUCCGCAUGCACUACGCCAACUGUAACACCUACAAUGCGGAUUUCGAUGGAGACGAGAUGAACAUGCAUUUCCCGCAAAACGAGCUUGCUCGUGCCGAGGCAGCUACCAUUGCGGACGCUGACCAUCAGUACCUCUCUGCAACAGCGGGAGCACCACUUCGUGGUCUCAUCCAGGAUCACAUCACGUUGUGCGUCCUUCUCUGCUCCAAGGAUACCUUUUUCAGCAAAGGUGACUACCAAAACCUAGUCUACGGAGGUCUCAGACCUGAGGACGGCCAUACAACCUCGGGAAGACUCCUUACUGUUCCUCCCACUAUCUGGAAGCCUCGCCCUCUUUGGACCGGCAAGCAAGUCAUCACGACUCUUCUGAAAAACAUCAAGCCCGAGGCUCAUGGCCCCCUCACUUUCACCUCAAAGUCGCAAACCGCGGCAGAAAGAUGGGGUAAGGGAUCUGAAGAAGGCAAUGUACUUUUCAAGGACGGCGAGUUGCUCACGGGCAUUUUGGAUAAGAAGCAGAUUGGACCCGCCGGCGGGGGUUUGGUCAACGCGGUCUACGAGGCAUACGGUCAUACCGCUGCCGGCCGUGUUCUGAGUGCUUUGGGAAGGAUGCUCACGAAAUUACUUCAUAUGUGGGCCCACUCCUGCGGUGUGCAGGAUCUGAUCCUCACAGCCGAAGGUGAAAGGGCCAGGAGAGAAGCACUAGAGGCUGCGGAGACAGUUGGCCUCGAAGUCGCCUCGAAAUAUGUUUCUCUGACCAACAGCAAAAUCCGAUCCGACAACCCCGAGCUUCUGAGGCGUUUGGAAGCCGUGCACCGAGACGACUCAAAGCAACACGGUCUCGACCAGCUUACUAAUGUUGCUUCAGGAGCGGUUUCCUCAGCAGUCACCUCGGCGUGUUUGCCCGACCAUUUGAUCAAGCAGUUCCCAGCGAACCAGAUGCAGCGGAUGACGGGUACCGGAGCCAAGGGAAGUCCAGUCAACGCCAACCUGAUUUCCUGCAAUCUCGGUCAACAGGUUUUGGAAGGUAGACGUGUACCUGUCAUGGUCAGCGGUAAGACGCUGCCAUGCUUCAGGCCGUACGAGUCAAGUAUCAGAGCAGGUGGCUACAUUGUUGACCGUUUCUUGACUGGUAUCAGACCUCAGGAGUACUACUUCCAUACCAUGGCCGGUCGUGAAGGUUUGAUUGAUACAGCCGUCAAGACUUCUCGCUCCGGCUACCUGCAACGUUGUCUCAUCAAGGGAAUGGAGGGUCUCAAGGUUCACUACGACACCACUGUGCGCGAUUCAGACGGCUCGAUGAUCCAGUUCCUCUACGGCGAGGACGGUUUGGAUCCUACCCGAGCGCGAUACCUCAACGAUUUCAAAUUCUCCGCUGAGAACUUCAAGUCGGUCUUCGAAUCCAUGGAUGUCAGAGGACAGCUGUCGAGGCUGCAAAACGACGAGGCCAGCGAGUGGAACAAGAGCGCCUCGAAGAAAUACCGCAAGACUGGAGAUCUUGGCUGCAUGGAUCCUGCGCUCGCUAAGUGGAACCCAAGCCGCUAUGCGGUUACUUCAGAGAACUUCUAUCAAGCGAAGAAGGAGUACCUCGACAAGAACCCUGACAGACUCAUCAAGGACAAGAAGCAAAAGGUUGAGACUGGUCUGUCCAAGAAGACGUUCAACGCUUUGCUUGACAUCAAAUAUCUGAAGUCGUUGAUUGAACCGGGAGAAGCCGUUGGAGUGGUGGCAGGCCAGUCGAUUGGUGAACCAUCUACUCAGAUGACGCUCAACACUUUCCAUCUGGCUGGUCACUCGGCAAAGAACGUUACACUCGGUAUUCCUCGUCUUCGUGAAAUCGUCAUGACAGCUUCGGCUGCCAUCUCAACACCGAGCAUGACGCUGUACGUGAACGACGAGGUCACGAAGGAGGAGAGUGAGCGCUUCGCCAAGGGCAUCAGUCGCCUGUCGCUUGCCCAGAUCAUUGAUGACGUGAGCGUCAACGAAUCGCUGGGCCGCGGUGUCGCAUAUUCGCAAGCGAAGAUUUACAAGAUCCGCCUGAAUUUCUUCCCAGCCAAGGAAUACUGCGAGGAAUACGCCAUCACCAUCAAGGACGUCGAGCGUGCGAUUGAGACCAAGUUCCUCCAUCGUUUGAGGAAGCUGAUUCGGGACAUUCUCAAGAAAAAGGGUCAAGAGAAGACGCUCAAGACAGCAGCCAAGUCGGAUGCGCUGCCUGAGGUUGGCAAGUCUUCUCGGACGGUGAAACAGCACCAGGGCCGCGCUCAAGCUGAAGGAGAAGAGGCAGACGAGGGAGAUGGAGUCGAUGAUGACGAGGACGACGACGACGACGGCGAGGAUGAGGAUGCCACCAACGACAAGCAGAAGGCCAACCGCCAAAUGGCCACGUCAUACGAGAACCCCGACGACGACGAGGAGGCGAUUGCAGCCGACAACCGCCAAAGAGACGCCACGCCCGAUCCGAUGCAGGAGGACGAGACGUACGGCGGCAGCCCCAAGCCCGGGCAGAGCUCUGAUGACGACUCGGAGAGUGAGUCCGGAUCACGACCGCGCAAGACCACCAAGGCCGUUGCUACCGAGAGGGAGCAAAGGAUCAUGUCGAAGGUCGAGGAUGUGACAUCAUUCAAGUUCGACGACGUGAAGGGUCAAUGGUGCGAAGUCACGUUCGAGUAUGACGUGUCGACGGCCAAGCUCCUGAUGCUCAACCUCGUCGAAACCGCUUGCAAGGACGCCGUGAUCCAGGCCGUUCCAGGCAUCAAGUCCUGCCUCGCGACGACCGAGAAGGUCGGCACGGAGAAGGUGCCGGUGGUGAUCGUGGACGGAUCCAACAUGACCGCGCUCCGGGACCACCAAAAUGUGCAUGAUCCAAACAGAAUGUACACGAACGACAUUGCCCAGAUCCUCCGGCUGUACGGGGUGGAGGCUGCGCGGGCCAGCAUCGUCAGGGAAAUGUCGGCCGUCUUCGGCGGUCACGGCAUCGACGUCAACAACAGACAUCUCAAUCUGAUCGCCGACGUGAUGACCAGAGGCGGUGGAUACAAGCCGUUCAACCGGAUUGGGCUCAAGAGCAACGUGUCACCGUUCAUGAAGAUGAGCUUCGAGACGACGGUUGGUUUCUUGAAGGACGCAGUCCUGGAGGAGGACGUCGAUACUUUGGACAACCCCAGUGCCCGGAUCGUCAUCGGCAAGCUCAACAACGUCGGCACGGGCGCAUUCGACGUUCUCACGCCGGUGGCUUGA